GGAGAUCUAUGGACUGUGAGAAAGGCAGCGUGUUUAAAGUCCAGUUGGAUUUCACGUGGACCAAAGAGAAGACUGCCCGGAUGCUAUUGAUCCCCAGCACUCAGCAGUGCAAACGCCCUUGGGUGUGCUUUACUUCAAGCAAAUAGAAGUGGGCCCCGCUGAAAGUAGGGAUGCCUGGCUGGGGGUGGGGGGACCCAAGUGCUCAGCAUCCAGCUGGGAGUGAGAUUCCUGGAGAAAGCCCCCUUCCUGUCACAGCACCCACAGCAUUCUGAUUCUGCUCGCAGCUCAACCGCCUCGCUGAGGAUGCUUCAUUUAAAAGUGCAGUUUUUGGAUGAUUCCCAGAAGAUUUUUGUGGUUGAUCAAAAAUCAUCUGGAAAAGCACUCUUUAACCUGAGCUGCAGUCAUCUCAAUCUUUCUGAAAAGGAAUAUUUUGGAUUAGAGUUCUGCAGCCAUUCUGGAAAUAAUGUUUGGUUGGAACUUCUGAAGUCCAUAACAAAGCAAGUAAAAAAUCCUAAGGAGGUUGUUUUCAAAUUUAUGGUGAAAUUUUUCCCAGUGGACCCUGGACACCUUCGGGAAGAACUCACGAGAUAUCUUUUUACUCUUCAAAUAAAGAAGGAUUUGGCUCUGGGAAGGCUUCCAUGUAGUGACAACUGCACAGCAUUGAUGGUGUCACACAUCUUGCAAUCUCUCAAUUUGAUUAUUUCCUGGCACCUACUCCUCCUGGCAGAAUUAGGAGACUUUCAUGAAGAAACAGUUAGGAAGCAUCUGGUACAAACCCGGUAUUUACCAAGCCAAGACUGUUUGGAGAGCAAGAUCAUGCAGUUUCAUCAGCAGCACAUUGGCCGGAGCCCAGCAGAAUCAGACAUUCUGCUGCUGGACAUAGCAAGGAAGCUGGAUAUGUAUGGCAUCAGACCUCAGCCUGCCAGUGAUGGUGAAGGGAUGCAGAUUCACCUGGCUGUUGCUCACAUGGGAGUACUGGUGUUGCGGGGAAAUACAAAGAUCAAUACUUUCAACUGGGCUAAGAUCCGCAAGUUGAGUUUUAAGAGAAAGCAUUUUCUCAUCAAACUUCAUGCUAAUAUUUUGGUGUUAUGCAAAGACACUUUGGAGUUCACCAUGGCUAGCCGUGAUGUAUGCAAGGCUUUCUGGAAGACUUGUGUGGAGUACCAUGCUUUCUUCAGGCUUUCCGAAGAGCCCAAAUCAAAGCCCAAAACACUACUCUGCAGCAAAGGUUCCAGUUUCCGCUACAGUGGAAGAACUCAAAGGCAACUUUUGGAAUAUGGGAAAAAGGGGAGGUUAAAGAGCCUGCCGUUUGAAAGGAAACAGUAUCUGGCUCAGUAUCAUGAACGGCAAUGCAGGUCAUCACCAGACAUUCUCUCUGAUGUGUCAAAACAAGUGGAAGACCUGAGGCUUACAUAUGACAGCCAUUACUACCGAAAUGUAAAUGGAGUGCAUGUGUCUGAGCCUAUGCUAGACAGUAGGAGGAGGAACUCAGCGAUUGAGGUGACAUUUGCAGCUGAGCUGGAGCGUUCCAAACCAGAGGCAGAUCCCACAUCACUCCAUGCAUCCCAAAGCAGCUCCUCUUUCACCUUUAUUUAUGCAGAUCCUGUCUUUAACACUGACCCUGAUCCCAUAGACUUCUUUGAAGAAAGGAGCCCUCUCAGCUCCUUCCAAACAAGCUCUAAGUUUGUGGACAAUCACAUAAGCACAUCCACUGGUUUCACAAGCAAAGUGAGUCCAGCAAGGCAGCUAACAUACACUGAUGUGCCCUAUAUUCCUUGUACUAGUCAACAGGUUGAUAUUAUGCCUCCACAAGUCUUUUUUUAUGUAGACAAGCCACCCCAGGUACCCAGGAGGUCUCCAAUCAUGCCAGAGGAAAGUGUGAGACCAGACAGCUAUAUAGAUCCCAGUGCAAUAAAACCAGCCAAAAGAAGCCCAAGGAAUAUCAGGAUAAAAAGCUUACAGCAAGACCUUCAAGAACUCCAAGAAGCUAUGGCUAGAACCAGUGGUAGAAGCACUGUCAGUGAAGACCUAGGGGAGGAAGACCCACAUUUAGAUGACGCAUUUGCAUAUAACCUUCAAGAGCCAACUCCUAAACGAUCUCAGAGUCAAUCAGACAUGAAAACUAUCCGUUUUCCUUUUGGGUCAGAAUUUAGGCCUUUAGGGCCUUGUCCUGCUCUGACUCGUAAAACAGAUCUGUUUACGAGUACAUUUGCAGAGCAGGAGUUCCCCACAGUUCUAACGAACCAGAGCUCAGCAGAAAGGUAUGUAGCUAGUGAGUCUAGUGAUUCAGAAUCGGAGAUUCUCAAACCAGACUACUACUCUUUGUAUGGCAAAGGAACAAAGUCACCGAGGGCCCGAAUCCGCUUGUCUUCUGGUAGUCUGCAGCUAGAGGAAGAGGAUGAAGAUAUUUCUUUCACCACACCAAGUGUUGAAGAUAGAACUUUGUUAAAGCCAUGCAACUAUUUCUUAGCUUAAAAAGAGUGGACUCUAUGAAUGUUCCUGGCCGGUUCCACGUUACCACCUUAGGUAAGACAUAAGCACCUUUUUGAUGUGCCCUUUCCUUGGUCAUCUUAAUUGAUGUUAAGGGAGGCUUCUCAUUUAAGGCACCCAGCUUAUGAAAGAUCAAGUUAUUGCCUCAUUCUAUGAGCUUCAUUCUUUUAUUUCCUCCAAACAGACUCUGGAACAUGCCUUCUCCUCGCCAGCACCAUGGCAGUGUGGAGGGAAGUGUAUGCCAUCACCCUUAUACAUUUCUGUGAGCAUAUAGUAUAAAUGAAGACCUAUUCUUCAAUGCUGAAGAACAAUGAUGAUGUGGGUUGGUGUAUGGGACUGGCUUCUAAUGCUGCUUUGUGAUUUAGUGGUCCAUGACUAUGUUGGGUAAUUUCUGUGCUUAUGUAACACUAAACUGUGGUUUCUCUCCUCAUGAGUUGUUUGGGACCCAGUGAACAGUCUUGUUAUAUACUAAGAAUGUCAAUAUACAUAGGUGAGUGGCAUAGAUCCUCUCAGCAAAAAAAUGUUUAGAAUUAAUAGAGGAUUUAACAGAAUUAUCAAUGCUGGAAAUUCAUCGAUUAGGCCCAUUUCUCAAGCCAGAUGUGUGCCUGACGAAGAUAUUAUGGUGUUGACUUCUAAUUUCUCUCUUCUUAACUACUUAUUAUGUAUGAUGGGAAUCAAUGCUAACAAGCAAGUUUUUAAAACUAAUAUCUCCUGCUGGUAUUUAUUUUUGCAUAUAUCUUGGUUGCAUGUAUGUAGGCAAGGAUCCGAGGUAUUAUUUAAUAAAGAGCAAUGGAAAACUCA